GAUGACUCACUUGUAGUGUGGAAGGAGGUGGACCUGACCCGGCUGUCAGAAAAGUAGCGUCGUGAUGCUUUGAACGAAAUCGUUAUCCUUGCCCUGUUGCAGCACGAGAACAUCAUCGCAUACUACAAUCACUUCAUGGAUAAUACCACACUGCUGAUUGAGCUGGAGUACUGUAAUGGAGGGAACCUCUAUGACAAGAUUCUGCGGCAGAAGGACAAGUUAUUUGAAGAAGAGAUGGUGGUUUGGUAUCUCUUUCAAAUUGCAUCAGCUGUGAGCUGCAUUCAUCGAGCAGGAAUUCUUCACAGAGAUAUAAAGACAUUAAAUAUCUUUCUAACCAAGGCAAACCUGAUUAAAUUGGGAGACUAUGGGUUGGCAAAGAAGCUGAACUCCGAGUACUCUAUGGCUGAGACUCUGGUGGGAACUCCAUAUUACAUGUCCCCAGAACUCUGUCAGGGUGUGAAAUACAACUUCAAAUCAGAUAUUUGGGCUGUGGGCUGUGUCAUCUUUGAGCUACUUACUCUGAAGAGGACCUUUGAUGCUACUAAUCCCCUGAACCUUUGUGUGAAGAUUGUACAGGGAAAUCGUGCCAUGGAGGUUGAUUCCACUGUCUACUCCCGGGAGUUGAUCCAGAUGGUGAAUUCCUGCCUUGAUCAGGAGCCAGAGAAGAGACCCACUGCAGAUGAGUUGCUUGAACAUCCCCUUCUCAGCAAACGCAGGAGGGAGAUGGAAGAGAAAGUCACACUGCUUAAUGGGCCAAAUAAGCGACCAAGGUCAAGUACCGUGAAUGAGGCUCCCAUUGCAGUGGUGACUUCGCGCACUAGUGAGGUAUAUGUUUGGGGGGGUGGGAAGUCCACCCCCCAGAAGCUGGAUGCCAUCAAAAGUGGUUGCAGUGCACGGCAGGUGUGUGCUGGUAACACUCACUUUGCUGUGGUGACAGUGGAGAAGGAGCUCUACACCUGGGUGAAUAUGCAGGGCGGCACCAAGUUGCAUGGGCAGCUGGGACACGGUGACAGAGCCUCUUACCGGCAGCCAAAGCAUGUUGAGAAGCUUCAGGGAAAAGCCAUUCGCCAGGUGUCCUGUGGAGAUGAUUUCACAGUGUGCAUUACAGAUGAGGGCCAGGUGUAUGCCUUUGGCUCGGACUACUAUGGAUGCAUUGGCGUUGACAAGGCUUAUGGCUCUGAAGUGCUUGAGCCCCUGCAGCUGGAUUUCUUUCUUACCAACCCUGUGGAGCAGGUCUCGUGUGGAGAUAACCAUGUGGCAGUGCUGACCAGGAACAGAGAAGUUUACACGUGGGGCUGUGGAGAGUAUGGGCGCUUGGGGUUGGAUUCAGAAGAAGAUCACUACACCCCUCAGAAGGUGGAUGUUCCGAAGACCUUAAACAUUGUGUCCGUUCACUGUGGCUGUGACGGGACUUUCCUGCUCACCCAGACAGGCAAAGUAUUGGCAUGUGGACUCAACGAGUUCAACAAGCUGGGCCUGAAUCAGUGCACAUCAGGGAUAAUCAAUCACGAUACGUACUGCGAGGUGCCAUAUGCCACUUCCCUUACUUUGGCCAAGCAGCUGUCCUUCUACAAGAUCCGUACCAUUUCUCCGGGGAAGACACACACAGCUUCCAUUGAUGAGCGAGGCCGCCUGCUGACCUUCGGCUCCAACAAGUGCGGACAGCUUGGUGUUGGGGACUAUAAGAAGCAUCUGGGAAUUAACCUGCUGGGAGGCCCCUUGGGGGGUAAGCAGGUGAUCAGGGUUUCAUGUGGAGAUGAAUUCACCAUAGCUGCUACUGACGACAACCAUAUCUUUGCCUGGGGUAAUGGCGGGAAUGGGCGUCUGGCAAUGACAUCGACUGAGAGAGCUCAUGGCUCGGAUAUUUGUACCUCGUGGCCUCGGCCAAUAUUUGGAUCGUUGCAUCAUGUUCCAGACCUGUCGUGCCGUGGCUGGCACACCAUCAUCGUUGUUGAAAAGGUGUUGAACUCUAAAACAAUCCGAUCCAACAGCAGUGGCCUGUCCAUUGGUACUGUGGCUCAGAGCUGCACAACUGGAGGAGGAGAGGAAGAGGAUAAUGAACAAGAAGCAGAGACCCCCAAUCCCAGUGGAGGCUUUCGGGGAACUAUGGAAGCAGAUCGUGAGUUGGGGGGCUGGAUUAGCACAACAGAAGCUAAGGGAGGCAACAGUGCUGACAGCAGCUCCUGCCCUGGCUGGCUGCGGAAGGAGCUGGAGAAUGCUGAAUUCAUCCCCAUGCCUGACAGCCCCUUUCCUCUGAGUAUGGCAUCUUCAGAGCCUGAGAAGGAGACUCUGCCUUACCAGAAACUUCAGGGACUCAAAGUGGCCUCUGAGGAACCUGUUGGAUUAAACAAGCCCAAAACGGAGCCCUGGCCUACUUGCCUGAGUCCAACCUUGCCAUGCAGUGAAGGGAAGGCCGCGUCUCCUGUUGCGGGCUGCAUGUGCAGUGCUCUGCAAGCGGAGGUGACGCGCCUUCGAGGCCUGGUUUUACAGUGUCUGGAUGAUCAGAAGAAGCUGCAGCAGGAAACUGUUCGCCUGAGUGCCCAACUGCAGCGGUUCUGCAGGGGGACGGAGGGAAUGCAGCAGGUGGAGGUUCAUUCCAAAGGAACACAGACAGCCAAAGAGGAGAUGGAGCUGGAUCCGAAACCUGACUUGGAUUCAGAUUCGUGGUGUCUCCUGGGAACGGACUCGUGCCGCUCCAGCCUCUAGUCUCCUGAGCCCACUGGGAUCCAUCUAACUUCACAGCACACUAACCGAAUGCAGAGAGCGGCUUUCCUGGCUUCAGGUCACUCGCAGACAAGGAGCGAGGCCGGAGGCUCCAGAGCAGCACCCAUGUACGUUUGAUAUGAACUAGGAGUGAGUUUGAGAGGGGAAGGGCCCCUGAGCUCUAGGCCAGCUCAGUGAUUGAAGCAGCAGCAGCUCCUCUUUGUACCUUACCUGUCAGUUAUGCACGUGAGGCAGAAUGGCCCCAUUAUGGCGAUGGCUCCAGUAGCGGCUUGUGGCCUUUCCAUUGUUUCACUGCUUCUUGGGAGCUGCCUUUGGGACCCCAGUAUUCAUCACUGCAUCUCUAGAUGAGAGGAGGAGACAUGUUUUGUACUGAAGCUGGCUUGAACUGUAAGGCUUGCCACCUUCACUUCAGAGGGGUGAAGGACUAGGAUC